GACUCUGGAUCGCGACCCAUUUAAAAAUAUUUUCAGAGUAAUGCGGAAGUACAAUAAUAAUCAAAUCAUGACACAUUUUAAAAUCUGAUGGUCAAACAUUUGCCUGCUAUCCUUGCAUCUCCUCUGACUCAAUGCCCUCCGGGAAUGGUUCCUUCAUUGUCUUCUUGUUACCUACGUGUAGUCAACGAAAAAUACAAACUACACGCUCAGCGAAACCGCUGAGUGGUACCACGCUAGAAUUGUAGAAUGAUUCACAGACGUAUACAUAUACAUGUAUAUACGUCCACAAUGUAUAAUAAUAUUCAUGAAAUGGCACAUUAUAUCAUAUGGUCAAUUUGAUGAUUCAUGAUGAUAAAUUUUUAAUGAUAAUUACAUGAUGGAAUAUUUAAUCAAUUUGCUUCCCCACAGGAACAAGCCCCCCACCUCACCAGAACACACUAUUUAGGUACCCGAUUCACUCUAUCCUGCUUUUUCUCCGAGCAACCAUACACGCUCGACGCCAUCGGAGAGCUCUCAAGCUAGGCUAUCGAUCCAUAGGCGCGUGCGAGGGAAUCAAGUUCAAUCGGUUCCAUUUCCGAGCGAGUGCGCAAGGAUUUCUCAAUGGCAUUGUCCUCAGUUUUGCGCGGCAUAUUUGGGGGAUGUUUGAGACCGACACUCAUCAAACCACAUAUGUCUCAAUUUGGUUCAGUUCGAUUUCGUUACACCGUGUCUACCCCAAAGCUCAUGGUGUGUGGUGUGCCAAGGGACAGUACAGAUGAAGACAUCAGGAAAGCAUUCGAGCCAUUAGGGAAUGUUGUUGAGGCUAAAAUUGCUGCAGAUAGUGUCACUGGAAAGUGCAGGGGGUUCGGGUAUAUCACUUUUGAAACGGUCGAAGAAGCCAGAAAAGCUCAAAUAGCUCGUGCAGGAACGGCUGCCAAGUUCUUGGGUGUUUGGAUCCCUUUUUACUGUACUAUCAAGCCAUGGACCAGGUGGAGGCAGUCAAGUGCAGGCACUGUCCGGGUGGAUUGAAUUUCUCAUUUUCGGCGUAUUACUCGUAUUAUUAUUAUUAUUGCUGUUGUUGUUUGUGACACUUAAUUUGUGCUGCUUUCUUUCCAGAAACAUAUUUUAUCAGCUUAUGUGAUGCAUUUACUUUAAAAACAGUUUCAGUUUGAUGAUUUUUAUUUAAAAAAAGGGACGUGAAGUUAACAUUUAUGUACUCCCUAGUUUUUACUAGUAAAGCAAACCAUGUAGUUUUUGUUUAAUGUCUGUCCUACCACUCGGACUUAAAGUCCCUCUUAAUUUGUGUUUUGAUUCAAAUUACGUGUAUUUGAAUUCAAAUUUGUGAAUGAUUUAAAUUUAAAAAAAUAGUUCGUAAAUGG